GGGCGGGGAUUGUUUACGUCUGGGGCGGAGCGGAAAGUGGGUCACGACCCGCGGACCCCAGCGGCGGCGGCUGCAGGUGAACGGCGCUUGACCUGGGUCGGCUGGCGGGCGCAGCGCUGACCUUGCGGAGAAGGAGGCCAGCCUCUCUUUGUCCUGCGGGGCCGGCGGCGGGAGGCCGGGCUGCGGCCGAGGGGUCGGGCAUCACCUGCAGCAUUCCCGGAAGCCGAGGUGUGGCGGGAAGAAAGAGGACGAGUCAGGGAUGACUGCGGUGCUUCUGGCAUGAGGAACUGGAGGCUGGAGAUGCCAUUUGUCAAACUGGACAGCGGAGGAGGAGCGAAUCGGGUGUGAGAUGCCCAAGGGGCAACUGGGCUCCAGAGUGGAACUCCAAGGUCCUCUUCACCAUGGCCCGGCGACCCCGGAGCAGCAGGGCAUGGCAUUUUGUCCUCAGUGCAGCCCGCCGAGAUGCAGAUGCCAGGGCUGUGAGCUCAGCAGGCACCCCUAACUGGGGCUACGACUCUGAUGGACAGCACAGUGACUCAGAUUCUGACCCAGAGUACUCAUCUGUGCCGCCAUCCAUCCCCAGUGCUGUGCCUGUGACAGGGGAGUCCUUCUGCGAUUGUGAGGGCCAGAGCGAGGCUGCCUUCUGCAGCAGUCUGCAUAUGGCCCACCGUGGCAAGGACUGCCGCUGCGGAGAGGAGGACGAGUAUUUUGACUGGGUCUGGGAUGACCUAAAUAAGUCAUCAGCCACGCUGCUUAGCUGUGAUAACCGCAAAGUCAGCUUCCACAUGGAGUACAGCUGUGGUACUGCAGCUAUACGGGGCACCAAGGAGCUGGGGGAUGGCCAACACUUCUGGGAGAUUAAGAUGACCUCCCCUGUCUAUGGCACUGAUAUGAUGGUGGGCAUUGGGACAUCAGAUGUGGACCUGGACAAGUAUCAGCACACGUUCUGCAGCCUACUUGGCAGGGAUGAGGACAGCUGGGGCCUGUCCUACACAGGGCUUCUUCAUCACAAGGGCAACAAGACAAGUUUUUCCUCGAGGUUCGGCCAGGGCUCCAUCAUUGGUGUGCACCUGGACACCUGGCACGGAACGCUGACCUUCUUCAAGAACAGGAAGUGCAUAGGAGUGGCAGCUACUCGGCUACAGAACAAGAAGUUUUAUCCAAUGGUGUGCUCCACAGCAGCAAAGAGCAGCAUGAAGGUGAUCCGUUCUUGUGCUAGCAUGACCUCCUUGCAGUAUCUGUGUUGCUACCGCCUGCGGCAGCUGCGACCAGACUCAGGCGAUACCCUCGAGGGACUGCCCCUGCCACCUGGCCUCAAGCAGGCACUACACAACAAGCUGGGCUGGGUCUUGAGCAUGAACUACAGCCGCCAUAAGCCCACUGUGUCCUCACCUAGGACAGCAGACCUGAGCAGCCCCAACAGCCCAGAAACCAGGCCCUGCCAGAGAAAGCGCUGCCGAAGGACCUGACUUUAUUUCUUGAUGAAGACUGCCACCUCAGCCUGUGACUGGCAUUUUCUCCAUCUCUGCUCCUUUUCUAUCAGGCAGGAGAGAGGAGAGCUGGGCUGAAAUCCACCUGGGGUUGUUCCAUCUCCCCCAGGGUCAGGACAGUCUUUCUCCAGGGGACCUGGGGCCCCAGGCUAUGAGUCAGCUCCGCUGCUUGUGCCUGGCAGGGUUGAAGCCGUACUGUGCUCAUAGCAUCUCCCUCUUAGUGUCCUGGGAGGAGCAGCCUAGCACCUCUAGACCUAGACUCGGCCUAGGAGGCUGGGGUGUAGGUGUCUGUUGCCCCAAGAAAGACACGGGCUCUGCUGGAGCUCAGUUCUUGCCAGAUCUGGGUUUUUUCUUAGGUCGCUUUGCAUGUUGUCAGCUGCUGCUCCUGUCACAGAGACUUUAAUAAUUGUAACAGAUGCCUACACAGCUGUAAGAUUAAAAAGUCCACCUCAA